AUGAGCGCGAUCCUUCCUGAUAAGACCCUGGCGACAAGCCAGGUGCAGAAGACCACAAAGGCUGAUGACUUGGCGGCCGUGCAGCCUGACGAAUGCCAAGAAACAGCCGAGGCCCACUAUGACGUUGAGGAGUUCGAGAUCGAGGCCCAGCCCUGGUCUUCCAUGCGAUCGGAGGACGUCAAGGCGACUCGCAACAACCGGUUUCCUUCGCCGCCAGAUCGGCGCCUGCACGAGCAGCACCUGAAAAAGAUGGACCGCCUGCAGGAUGACCUCACGAUGGAUCCGCACUUGUUUGAGACCCUCGUUCGGAACAGGCGUUGUAUUGAUGGACUCACUAUGGGCAGCUGCAUCCCGUCCAAAGGCAUGCACGCAGACGCCCAGGACAACGAGUUCCUGAAGUACAUCAGCCCAUGA